AUGGCACUGCCGCCGAGGCAAAUUUUGACAGAGGAACAGAUCCGCGCGCUCACUCCAGAGGAGCGAACUAUCGCCAUUGCAGAGUGGUCAAGUAUCAACGCACGUCUACGAAGAGAGCAGGAACAGCGCGCACAGCGUGGAGGAUAUCGGGGCGCUACGCGAGCUCGUGGCCGGGGGCGAGGUCGAGGAUAUUACGGAUAUCAGCCAUACCAGACUUUUCCACCCAAGUUCAACAAUGCUUCCGCCAACUUCACUGCAGAGUCAAGCACCGUAGCGAGGCCGGUCGUCACGCAAAAGGCCGUAGAAGCACAGAACUCCCCCCAAACCCCAUGCCCCGCAUUCACAGCAACAGGUGUGUGUAAGCGCAACCGUUGUCCGCACAUUCACGAUCCCGACAAGACAGCCAUUUGCAAGCCAUUCCUUUUCAAAGGUCAAUGUCCUAGCGGCGAGGCGUGUCCACUCUCGCAUAAUCCGUCUGCGAACCGAUCCCCACACUGUAUACACUUCCAGAAUGACAGUUGCAACAAAGAUGACUGUCCGUACGCCCAUGUGCACGUCAAUGCUGCUGCACCGCUUUGCGAGGAUUUUGCACGCUUGGGUUUUUGUGACAAAGGUGCCCAAUGCACAAAUCGCCACGCCUUGGGAGAAUGCCCUGAUUACACUAAUAAAGGUUCUUGUCAUCAGAAUAAUUGCCGGCUCAAUCACGUCGUCCAUGCCGGGCGAUUGCGAAAGGCUGCUGGAGCAAACCUGUCCGGCGCUGAAUCGCCAUCAGCACCAAAUAGCCCGACUAACAAAUCUACCUCUACAACGCCGGAUUCAGAGGACGAACAUGCUCAUGCGCUGACGCAGCAGGAUGAUUUUGUCCCUUUCGAUCCUUGA